UCAACAAACAGACGCAUCCGGGCGUUGCAGUUCUCCUUGAGUUAAGAAAGGGACUCCUCCCUCUCUGGACAUCUGCACUGAAGCUUUGUCAGUCACAUCAGCAGCUACUGGAAGUUCAGGAACAUUUAAGUCCGUGGUUUAAGGCUGCCUGAUUGACUGGAAGCACAAUUACCUGUUGAUUUCAUGGGCACUCUGAACAUUUGAGGAGAGAUGGCACGACCGGCACAAAUGAAUCUAAGUAUCCCAGACCUGGGAAGUCAUGCUCUGUAUAAUGAGUUGAAUGACAGCGAAAAGAGCCCAUACGCUGUGGAAACACCAUAUGGUUUCCAGUUAGACCUGGAUUUCCUCAAAUUUGUUGAUGACAUUCAGAGUGGAAACACUCUGAAGAAAGUGACCAUUCAUCGUAAACCAAAAAUAAAACCAACAACAAGUACUAGUGGAUGGACCUCCACAGAGUCACUGUCCUCCUCAACCAGUGAAGACAUUAAAACAUUGCCCACAACACCAAAGUUUAGAACUUACACAGUUGCUUAUGACAUAAAGGAUCCUGUUUGUAGUCAGUACUUAAAUGCAAUGUCGCCACCUCCGGUCAACAGUCUUCUUCCACCACCUUCCCCAAGAUCUUCCCUGAGGAACCUUCAUGUGGAAAAGACAUUGCUGGAGACAAGUCGGAGGCUGCAGCAGGAACAGUUGACUGCUGAAGACAUACCAAAACCUAGGUUGUUGAACACUGGGCCCAAAUUGGGCAUAAAUUCAUGCAGUCAAAGCCAAACGCCCCCAUCUGCUCAACAAAACACUUCCAUAGGAAAUGGUGAUGUUAACCCAGCCCCCAAUCCGUCAUUCACUGGCUUUUUCAGCUUUAGCCCUAUGAACUCGGGAAGAAGUUCACCGGUCACAAAUAUCACACCGGCUCACCUUCAACACAUCCGUGAGCAAAUGGCAGCUGGCCUCAGGAGGCUGAAGGAGCUUGAAGAACAAGUGAAAAUGAUUCCAUAUCUGGAGAGGAAACUCUCUGCAGUCGAUGAGGAGAAGAGGCAGCUCAUAGCUGAGCUGAAAAAAAGAAAAGUUAGUAGCCAAUCCGAAGCCUCCCGCCUCAGGCAGCGGUCGUACAGCACGGGGAAUGUGGCACAGUACCAACCAGAAGCCAGGAAGGUGGUGGAGUUUCAUAUUGAUUUAGUUGGUGACAACGAGGAGAAGCGAUCCAGUAAAAUUAAAGAGCUUAGAAGACUAACUGAGAAGUUGACAGUUGCUGAAAGGAGCAGAGCCUACUCUAAAGGCCCAUCUCUGGGAUGUUCUCCAACUUCUCCAAGCAGAAAUGUGCUGCUAAAGUCAGUGGGUGUAGGAGAGAAGAAGGACAUGAAUGAGGUUGUUUUUUACUACAAGUCAGAGAGACCCACCCAAGAGGUAGCGGUUGGACCAGAAAUGGAAAUGAAACAUGUCAGUGUUGGAGUUGUUGAGUCAAUGUUGGGACUCACCACUGAGGCACAGGAGGAAAUUGAAUUUCUACAAGAAAUUAUUGAUGGUCAAAAAGCAAAUAUCUCCAUGAUUGCGGCUGAACUGGAAGAUGCAAAUAACGAACUGAACAACUUAAAGCUGAGUGUGCCACUUGUCACUUGUAGGACGAUGGUCGAUGCCAGUGUAAUGGCCCAGCCACUUAUGGUCCAUGCAAGUGAGGAAGCCAGAGUUCCAGUCAUGAGUCGAGCAGUAGGUGAUCACUUGGACAUUAUAGAUGUGUCUGUGGAUUGCACACCACAGAUGUCCAGUGUAGGAGUUAACUGCAGCUUACAAGUACAGGAGGUCGCUGUUGGUCCAGAUACUCCAAUUACACAAGAGGUCACUGAUGAUGCACAUUUGGAUAUUUACAGUCAGAGUAGGAGUGGACUUAGACAAGAGAGAGCCAGAGGAAUACUGAAGGUGGAUUCGAAGAUGGAAACUAUUGAAGAUGUUACCAUUGAUAGUGAUCAAGUGUUACAGGGCAGUCAGAGUGUAGAAAUAAAAGAUUGUGACAUUAAGCAUAAGGUUAAGGACCAGGUGACUAGGGUGAGCUUAUCAAAGGACAUGGUCCAAGAGGAUCAUGUUGCAAUCAAGCUCUGUAGCACAUCUUUGCAGGUUGUGCGUGAGAGAAAUGCAGUUACUGAGGGAAAUGUGCAAAGGCCCAUGGAACAGCAGCACAUGGUCAGUCCUACCAAAGGAGUGCUGAAGUCAAUCAUGAAAAAGAAGGAUGGGUCAAACAAAACAGAAUCAAAUGUCGGCAAAAAAAACCUACAAUUUGUUGGUCUUUUGAAUGGAGAAUAUGAGUCAACUUCAAGCGAGGAAUCAAGUGGCGAAGAGAGCUCGGACAAGGUGGCUGGAGACAGUUCGGAGAGUGAGUUGGGAAAUUGCUGUGACAGUUCAGAUGAAGAUGGCAUUGCAAACCUGGAUGGCAGUGACAGUGACAACUGUGAAUCUACUGAACAAUGCAGGGAUAAAGAGAAGGAGAAAAUGCCUGCUCAGAGCAGACAGGAGAGAGAAGAGAAGAGAUGCGAAGAAGAGGAGGUCAAGGAAAAGUUUGAGCUGAGUCUGAAGAUGCGAGAAGUGUGCCUGAUCCUGAAGAAUCAUUUCAAUGACCCGAACCCAGUGAAGAGUAAGGAAGUGAUGUCCAGCUUGAACGCGAUCCAGCAGGAGUGGUUUAGAGCCUCCAGCCAGAAGUCAGCCUCUCCCCAGGCGGUAGCCGAUUAUCUAAUGGCCUUCGCAGAGAUGUCACCAGCUAUCCUGAAAUAUGUGGUCAACCUGUCUGAUGGAAACGGCAAUACGGCCCUGCACUACUGUGUCUCUCACUCCAACUUCCAGAUCGUGAAACUCCUGCUGGACACUGCUGUCUGUAAUGUUGACUGGCAGAACAAGGCGGGUUACACUGCUAUCAUGCUCGCUGCGCUGGCUGCCAUGGAAACUGAUGCAGAGAUGAAUGUUGUGAGGCAGUUAUUCAAUUUGGGAAAUGUCAAUGCCAAAGCCAGUCAGGCGGGUCAGACAGCCUUGAUGCUGGCUGUCAGCCAUGGACGUAUUGAGAUGGUGAAAGCCUUGCUGGACUGUGGAGCUGAUGUUAACAGUCAGGACAACGAGGGCUCCACUGCGCUGAUGUGUGCCUGUGAACAUGGACGUGUGGAGAUUGUGAAAGUCCUCCUGGCGCAGCCAGACUGCAACAUCUCCUUGAGCGAUAACGAUGGCAGUAAUGCACUGUCUGUAGCCCUUGAAACCAGUAACAAAGACAUCGCAGUCUUACUCUAUGCACACAUGAACUUCAAGCCACCAUCAUUGGACACUCCAUAGUCUGGUGACAACUGCAGCCCAGGACGUAGAGCUCAAAGCCAGGAUCUUCAUUCCUGUCCUGCAGUAUUCUUCCUGUACAAAUUAUUUUUUUAACAGAUUUUCUUUUCAGUACAUGCAGUGGCAGUUGAUUAUACACAAAUGUAUUGCUGAGUCAUUCUCUGCCAUUCUAUUGCCAGUCUCCUGCUUUUUUUUAAGCUAUUGUAUGGGAAGCAAAAAAUUGUAUUUUACAUAAAACAUUUUUAAACCUUU